UCACCUAAAAUGACCUCUUCAAGUGAGGGAGGUCGUGGGUUCGAUCCCGGCCGCGUCAAACCAAAGAUUUAAAAAUUGGUACUAGCAGCUUCCUCGCUUGGUGCUCAGCAUUAAGAGGGUAGUGCUAGGACUAGUCAGCCCGGGGUCAGUAUAAUGUGACUGGGUGGGGUGACUGGGUGGGGUAUCAUGUCAUGUGUCUAUGGCGUGAUAUUCCAGUGAGGCAGCACUAUAAAGUUGGGCAUUGUGCUCACUGCUAUAAGUAGACACCGAUGUUUAUGUAACAGGCUGAAAAUACUUCAGGCCUGCCUGGGAAUCGAACCCGGGACCUCUCACACCUAAGGCAGACACUCUACCACGUCGCUAUAAAAGCUAGCUCAAUAGCAAGGAAGUAUAAGUGCACCAUUAUACUCUAUCCUACUACAUACACCCUCUCCAUUUUAGAAUUCGUCCUCGAAUUCCAGGAGUUUGAACCUCUGUGGGAGGUUCUAAGGUGUCCAUCCAUAUCUACUCGUGAGUUAUUUACGUUGGGUGCCAAAUGUAACAGGCUGAAAAUACUUCAGGCCUGACAGGGAAUCGAACCCGGGACCUCUCACACCUAAGGCGGACACUCUACCACGUUGCUAUAAAAUCUAGCUCAAUAGCAAGGAAGUAUAAGUUCACCCUUAUACUCUAUCCUACUACAUUUAUAUGACUGAAAAAUUGUUGAAAAAGACAUUAAACCCAAAACACACACACACACACCUAAAAUGCACAGUUCGAAGAAAGUGUACUCGGGAAUAGGAGUCUGAGAUCGCCGUGAUGUCACACAUUAACAUCUGUUUAUCUGGUGGUGGGCAAAACAAAUGUGCGUUGUUUCUCUAAGAUGAAAAAUAAUGAAGAAACCUGACCAGUAGUCAAUACACAAUGGAAGAUAGAUUACCACUUUUUCAAUAUCCAUAGUACACAUUUACUGAACUAUGCAUUUUAGGUAUGAAAUGCGCAAUUUAAAAGGGGUUAGUUUAUUUUCCUGUUCAUGACCAUGGUUCUUAUAGAAUACCUAUGGGUUGGGUAUAACAUAUGCAGAGGCAUUUUCUUCCAGUGGCUAGAAAUAGAAAUGUAAAGAUUUGAGGGUCAAUGAUUUAACACAACUUACAGCCUAAGUCUUUGUAUAAAUGUUAAUUCUGUAUGGCCACAACUUUACCAUUAACAGAGCUUACUUUCAGAAAGUAGUCCAUAGAACACACAAAACCUGAUGCUGUUAACCGUUCUUCACCGGCUGUCUCUGCAUGUGAAAUAAAAGAUUCCAAAGGGCCAAACAUAUUUUGAAGAAAUAGCUUUACUCCAUUGUUUGCUCUAGGAUGAGAAAGAUGGCUACAGAUAUAGAUGCUAUAAAAGAUAUUGUUGGGUACAAGAAAAUACUGAAAACAGUUCUGAAGAGUCAGAUUCAGCUUUUGGUUGAACAGUUAGCAGCAAGCACAGACGAGGAGUCAGUUAUUCUCAGUGCUAAUAUUGCUGAUGGUACCCUCAGUCACCUUGGCUCAGAAUCUGGCAAAGUUUUCUUACAAGAUCAUGAAGAUAUCAAGUCACAGUUUCUUCGUUUCUGUUUGAAAAGGCAUCAUAACAAAAGAACCAUAGACAGAUUUCUGACUGGUCGGUGUUCAGAAGAAAUUUCACAGGUAAUAAGAAACACUCAGAAUCAGCACACGACCAGUAGUCCUCAAAAAGAUCGGCAUAAAGCCAAUCAUUCUCAGAGUAAAUUCAUUACAAAUCGAUCUGACCAAAAAGCUGCCAAGGCCAGAAUUCAACCAGUGUACUUGACUAAAGCCUCCAAAACAACUGCUCCUAGAAAUACUGGUCUAAGGCAUGCACCUUAUCCUGUUUAUCCACUACAGAGGGUAAAGACUCCAAGUACAGGACAAUGUUUCGGUAUAGAUCCAGAAGGAAAUGGAUUUCUAUUAGGAACACAGUCCUUGAAUAUUUUAGCAGCUGAACCACCAGUGGUAAAACUCGAGACUGAUCACAUGGAUUAUGCUGAAUCUGCAUUUUCCCAACACGGAACCAGUGUAGGAACCGUAGAGAAUCAAAAAGAUUCAGUCUUCUCCAACUAUAAUGUUGAGAAACAUUUAUGUGACACAAGAACAGGGAUGGAUGGGCCAUGUAUUGAAGUGAUAGAUAAUAAUGCAAUACCCAUGAAUGUAGAUGUGAAUUUAGAAAAUGUAACUGUCAGUGAAACUGAGACUACAAGUGAAGGGUAUAGCACUGUUUUUGAGCCACAGAAGAUCUCUAAUGUUUCGAAAGAAAUGGAUUUUGGAUCAAAGUCUUCAGCUGGUAGCCAAGAAAGAACUACUUCUGGAGAUUUUGGUGACAGCUCUAUCAUUAAUACCUUAGAUGUGAGGAAAACCGAAACCCUGUCACGGUACUGUGAAGUAACAGAAUUACCAUCCACUUCGCAACAAAGUGAUUUAUCUACAGAAAGUUUUGAAGACCAUAUUAACAAGCACAGCAAAUAUGGUGCAAGGGAGUUCAAGUUUAAGGUAGAAAGUGUUCAGUCUGAUAAAGAGGCAGAAGGUCCAUUUAUUUGCAAGAUUAAGUCUGAAAUUGUGGAAAAUGACUUUAUUGCUGAGUCUGGGAAUAAUUCACAAGGCUUCUUCAAUCAGAAGUCAAGAUCUGAUCAAGGUUUAAAUCUUUUUUGUGUUGAUGUGAGCAAAGGCAACACGAAUCUCAUGACUAACGUUGACAAAUGUCAAACAUCUACCGAAGGUUAUCAAAAAGACACAGUAUUCGAAAUUGAUACAUCUGUAGCUCAUUUCGAAAUGUCAGAUGCAGACAGGACAGGAAAUGCAGAUACAAUACCAGUCCCGAAUGAUGAUAAAUGCAGUAAAGACACGUACUUCAGUUGUGACAUGUGUUCUCGCAGAUUCAGUUUCAGAUGCCACUUGAAAUCCCAUGAAUGCAUAUACCAGGAAGUCACCGAAGGAAAACCAGGUUUUGAAGGUGAGGAAGUUCCUGAUGAAACGGAAACACGGGUUGAUGAUAUUCAGGUCCAUAGAUAUAUUCAGCAAAUUCAAGAUACAGGCUUUAACGACGAGGAAAUGUGUUGCUUUAAAAAGUUUAUUGGUGAAGUAAUUAUUUCCCCAGAGGGAUACCAUGCUAUAACUUGUAAGCAGUGUCAUAAAGAAUUUUCAAAAAGCAGGUUCGUUGAUCAUGUGUUCACUCAUUUGAAACCAUACAAAUGUUUGAAAUGUGGUCUUGGCUUUAGGCAGAGAGCUGACAGGAGAACACAUCUUAUUAAGGUCCAUAAAGUACCAGUCUUUAGGCAAGCAAACUUUCACACUGACACUGAGGUUGUACAUUUUAAAACCAUUUUUAGUCAUAUUCUGUCCGUAUUGUACCGAAGGUUGAACAAAUCGGACAAGAAAAUAACCAUUGAUUUCAAUCAGUCGCCACUAACGCCAAGUGAAAACGCCAGUGUGCUAGCAGACAGUACAAGUGCAAUCGACAGUGUAGGGAAUUCACCAUUUGUAAUAACUAAAAUUGAGUCUCUUUCACUGACUGAAAGUGUAAUGAAACAGACAUUAGAUUAUCCAGGUACAAGGGCAUCUGGUGUAAUGGUUAAACAACAGGAACAACCACCAGUGACAGAGGAAGCCUCAAGACAUGUAUCUGAUUCACCAGUAGAGCUGAGGCUUGAUGAUUCUCUUGUCACACCUGAAAUGAGAAGUAUAAUUGACAAUUACAUUGAUCAUAUUAUUUACAAAGAAGAUGGGUCUCAGUACAUGAUCUGUAAAUUGUGUCAUAAAAACUUUCUUGGAAAGCGAUUUCUUGAACAUAUUUUUAGCCAUACAAAGCCCUACAAAUGUUUGAAAUGUGGACUUGGUUUUAGACAGAGAGCUGAUAGAAGGGCUCACCUGAUUAAGGUUCAUAAAGUUCCAAUUUCUAUGCAUGCAAACGUUCACCAUGAUACCGAAGCUGUGCAUUAUAAAGCCAUUUUUAGUGACAUUCUCAAACUGUCAGUUUUGAAGCGAAGGUUGAACAAGUUGGGCAAGAAAAUAUCUGUUGACUUAAAUCAGUCAACACAACCAAGUACCGCAAGUAAAAGGUACUCUGAAAACGUCAGAUCGAUAGCAGAAAAUACCAGUUUAACAAAAACAGACAUUGAUACAACAACUGAAGAACUAAACAGCAGUGUAGGAUAUUCGCCUUUUGUAAUUAGUAAAACCCAGUCUCUUGCAUCGACUGAAAGUGUUACAGAACUCACAUCGGAUUUUGCAGCUGCAGGAAUAUCUUCUGUAAGAAUUACAGAAGAGGUAGAACGAUCGACAGUGAAGAAAGAAGCCGCGAAAUUUGUAUCUGAAUCACCAGUGGAAUUGUAUCUUGAUUCUCAUUUCACACCUGAAAAUAGAACUGUUAUUGACAAAUUCAUUGCUCAAAUUUUUUACAAAGAAGACGGGUUUCAGUAUGUGAUCUGUAAAUUGUGUCUUAAAGAAUUUAUCGGAAGACGAUUUCUUGAACAUAUAUUUAACCAUACAAAGCCCUACAGAUGCUGGACAUGUGGCGAUGGUUUUAGACACAAAUGCGACCGUAGAAAUCAUUAUAUUAAAUUCCACAAACGUUUUCCAGAACUACACUUGACACGUGUCCCUGAUGAUGAGGCUGAACGCUUCAAAUCUAUAUUUAGUAAUAUCUUAUCUAAAAAGGGCCCUGUAAACAGAAAAAAUGACUCCCUAGAUACACAUGAGGAAAGCGUGCAUAGAGAAAGUGAACUUCCGUUACAUUUAGACAUAACAGACAUGAAUGAUGGUAAUAGUGCAAUGAAUAAAUCAGUUUCAAUUCCUGAAAACACAAUCGUCACAAGACCAAAAGAAGAGAAACAAAACUAUGUUACCUGUAAAAUUUGUGGGUUAUGUAUACGGAAGUCCCAUAUGAAAGAGCACAGAUUUGUCCACAGUAAACCUUUCAGAUGCAUGGUGUGUCAGUAUGCAGCAGCAAGAAAAGCAGCUUUGGAUUUGCAUAUGUCCGUAAAACACGGCUUUGAAGAAGCAAAUUAGUUUUCUGAAAUGAUAUCUUUGAAACUUUGUAUGGACUAUACCUUGUUUAAAGAAAUACAGCAUCAUCUCUUGGUGAGACAGCUGAUAGAAGAAUGUGUGUAAGAGUAGAAACACGAGGCCUGAGUUGAGCUGACAUUACGUAAAUAAUGAACUUAUUAUUGGUGAAUUCUUAAAGGGAUAAAAUUAUUUAAAAGGUAUUACAGCUUGUAGCUUUUUAGCAAUUUUGUGAAACAUGUUGGCAUUGAUAUUUAUUUGUAUUUGCCUUAGCGUGGUUAAAUAAUUCGAUUGAAACUGUCCUGAUAUUAGCAUGCAUUUGUAAAGGAAAGAUUUCCCUUGGUGUUUGGUAUGACGCCCCAACGAUACAGUUCAUACGGCGGCUUUCUACCUUUUUGCUGGUGGAGGAAGACUCUGGUGGGUACCCAGGUAUAACCACCAACCAACCAUCCAUAAACUAUCUGGAUGGCUUCCUCACGUGAAGAAUUCAACACCCCAAAUGAGACUCUAACCCACAUCUAUGAGGGGAAGUGAUUCGAAGUCAGCGACCUUAUUCACUUGGCAUGAGGGAAUUACAAAACAUAGUGAAGAAUCCCGAUAAGUAAACAUUUCAACAUUUCACCUUUUAACAUCUAUAAUGAACAAAAGGCCGGUAAAAGCCUCUUACAGUAGAUAUAUUGAUCAAAGUUCAUAUCUGUUUAAAUUUAGUUUUAUCAAUUUCACCAAUGUUUUCAUGAUUUCUAAAAGUAAAAACCAGUAAACUGUAUUUUGUUACAAAAAGUCACACAAACGCAACGUUAUUGUUGUUCAAAUCUCUAAUUGUGUUCGAAUUAUUGUGUUGGUCCUAGUCUUAAUCAUUUAACUGGAGGGGCCUCCGUUGCCGAGUGGUUAAGGUCGCUGACUUUAAAUGACUUGGCCCUCACCGAUGUGGGUUCGAGCCUCACUCGGGGCAUUAGAUUCUUCAUGCGAGGAAACCAUCCAGCUUACAGGUCGGUGGUUCUACCCAGGUGCCCGUCCGUGAUGAAAUCAUGCACGGUGGUGCACCUAGAGUCUUCCUCCAUCAUCAUAGCUGGAAAGUCGCCAUAUGACCUAUAAUUGUGUCGGUGCGACAUUAAAACCAACAAAACAAAUAAAUUAUUUAUCUGGAAUGAAAGUAUGGCUUGUAAAUCGCAGCACAGAGUAAAUUCCACUUAGAGGUCCACAAUGCUUAAAAAUAUCUUUAAAAUAGAUGAAACAGCUUUCCAAAUGUUAUGCAUACUUACCUGGUUAAAAAACACUACUUUUUAUAUUGCACAUGAACUGCUAUAGUUAGAGCCAUAAAUGGAAAAUGGAGGUAAUAAAAAUAAUAGAUUAAUAAAACAUUCUAAAGUCUGUU